UUAUUAUUAUUAUUAUUACUCUUGGCUGCGAAAUUCCGGAAAACUCCAGACCCUAAUUCAUACAUUUAGAUUUUGCUUCCUUGUAUUUUGGGAAAUUCGAUUCGUCGUUUUGCAAAACAAAACCGACACUCAUUUGCCAAUCAAAACCAGCUCUGAUCUAUCAAAAAAACCUUGUUCUCAACAACGCAGGUACGCCGGAAAUUUCCUCUGUCGAGAAUUUUCCGCCGAUUCUGGUGAUCCAAACCUCCGACGUCGACACCACCGGUUUCAUCGGACUCAGAUAACGCCGAUCUGCAAAACCACGGUAAAGCCUAGCCUCGAAGACACCGGAAUAUCCUCCCUACGCGCCGUCGCGUCUUUUUCCGUUCUCGGCGAAGGGGAUUUCCGUUUCACGCUGCCUAUAUCACCGGAGUUCUGCUUUGGUUUUGGUGAGGAAUCUGACACAACAAGCCGUACAGAGACCUCACGGUGGAUGCGCUUUCUCUGAACAAGCGGGUGGCUUUACCAAAUUACAUUGCAAGGGGAAAAAAAAAAAAGCGUAAAUAAAAAAUUGACUGUAAAAAAGAGUGAGGUGUAUAAAGUUUGUUUUGCUCAGUGUAAAAGGGAACUACAGCAACGCCACCAUGGCCGCAGCAGCAGCAACAACAGCAGCACCAGGGGAAGCUCCCAAAUCUUCUUCGAGUGGGUCUGCCGAUUCCUACAUCGGCAGCUUAAUUAGCCUGACUUCCAAGUCAGAAAUUCGAUAUGAAGGCGUCCUCUUCAACAUCAAUACCGAAGAAUCCAGCAUCGGUUUGAGAAAUGUAAGAUCAUUUGGAACGGAAGGACGGAAAAAAGAUGGUCUGCAGGUUCCUCCAAGUGACAAAGUUUACGAGUAUAUACUCUUUCGAGGAAGUGACAUCAAGGAUUUGCAGGUCAAAUCUUCUCCAGUUCAGACUACAACGCCUGUACACAAUGAUCCUGCAAUUAUACAGACUCACUAUCCUCAAGCAGCCAACACAUCUACGAGCUUACCAUCUUCUGGUACUGGGUCUACUAUUCCAGAUCUUAAUGCUAGUAAUCCACAAAUGGGACUUCCCAGACCACCAUUUCAAGCAAAUCUUCCCUUAUAUCAACCAGUUGGAAGUUUAGGAUCAUGGGGUUCAACUCCUACUCCUCCAACAACAAAUGGAAGUGGACUUGCUUUGCCAAUGUAUUGGCAAGGAUUCUAUGGGUCGUCAAAUGGGUUUCAACUGCCGCAGCAAUCUUUGCUUAGACCCCCACCUGGCUUGUCGAUGCCACCUUCCAUGCAACAGACGCUGCAGUAUCCUGCCAUGAACACAUCAUUGCCUUCUGGGGCUUCAAAUUCACCAGCUUUAAAAUCAUCAGAAUCACCAUCUGCAUUGUUGCCGCCCCUUAGUACAGGCAUCCUUAAUUUGCAAUCCUCUUUUCUUCCUGCCCAGCCACCUUCCCUCAGUGUGGGCGCUUUGAACUUGCAGUCUCCUUUACUUCCUGCCCAGCCUUCUGCUAUAGUUCCGGACACAUCAUCAAACUUGAUUCCUAAUAAGGUUUCUACUGAAGCACUUCCUACUGCUGUGAGCACUGCUGAGCCAUUGGUAUCUCCGCUAACUACUUCUUUGGAUAGAUCUACAAUUCUAUCGUCAGUUUCUGAUAAGCCUGUAACAGUCCCUAGUCCUCCUGUAAUCCCACUUAAGCCUUCUGAAUCAUCAUCUAAUGCUGGGACAUCAAGUUCAAUUCCGAAUGAAGGAGCAGUGCCUUCUUUAGUAACCCCAAACCAGCUUUUGCAGUCUGGUCCGACUGCAAUAUCUUCAACACAGCCUUCACAGUCAUCUCAGAGGGAUGUUGAGGUGGUCCAGGUAUCAUCAUCCGAAUCACUGCCAUCCCAUGCAGCUCCUGAAGCACAGGAGCCAAUACUGCCUCUGCCUUCAUCAUCCGAUCAUAAGCUACAUGGAGCUCAUAUGAUGACUCGUCCUGGUUACAGAGGAGGACGUGAAAGAGGAAGGGGAAACAGGAUAUCACGUCCUCUAACACGAUUCACAGAGGAUUUUGACUUCACAGCAAUGAAUGAGAAAUUUAACAAAGAUGAAGUAUGGGAUGAUCUUGGCAAAAGUAAAGCUCUAGAAGAUGGGAAUGAGUCACAGGAUGAAGAUGAUAUUGCAUCAUCAAAAAAUGAGAAUAAGCCUGUUUAUGUGAAGGAUGACUUUUUUGAUUCUCUGUCCUGUGAUGCUCUUGAUGCUGGAUCGCAUAAUGGGAGGACUAGGUUCUCCGACCAGUUGAAAAAGGAUACAGAGACAUUUGGCUAUAUGCCAAGGUAUCGCGGUGGCCGAGGAGGCCGUGGACCUGGUCGAGGUGGUCGAUCAGGUGGUUACUAUGGAAGGGGUUAUGGCUAUGUUGGAAGGGGUCGAGGACAUAGCUACUCUAGUCGUGGUUCCUAGUAACACUGGUUUUUCCAGUGUAUUGAAAUUAGGUCGAACCUAUUAUAUCUCGGCUUGCCGGAUAAAUAAACUAGAUGCUAGUGAGUGAAUACACUGGUUGCUCUUCUGGAAUUAUGUUCAAAAUAAGCGAACCCCCAUGUUAAGGGAUUUGCUUUUCGUUGUUAGAAGCAUGUUUUGGACCCUGCAAGGAUAUCCGACUUCUGUCUUUCAUCAGGAACAAAACUGAGCUUUUGUAUCAAAUUAAGGGUUUGUUCUACAUGCUAUUUUUCUAAAGCUUUCCUUAUAGAUCUUGAAAGAAGAUUCCCUGUUGUUA